UGGCUCAGUAAAAUGGCUGUAUGUAGCGGAGCCUCGUGUUGGUUGGGCUCGCUCCCUGCCUCUACCCGGGCUCAGUAACACAACUCCCACAACAAUUUCUGUCGCUUUUUUACGCAUUGUAUGGAGCCUCCAUCAUAUCUGUAACCCGUUAACGGAACCGGAACCGGGAAAAUGGCCGCCGGAUUCGGUCCGGUGUAAGGGGUGGGAAUGAAUCGACACAAGGAUAAAUGGUUAUAAACAAUUAUUUAUAUUCAAUGCUAGCUUUUGAUUGUGACUGACUCGCCGAGAGAGGGAGAGAGAGGUGGUGGUGGUGGGGGGUAAUAUCAUGGCCGCUCAGGUCGCCAGCGCCGCCACUCUAAACACUAGCCCGCCUGCCGAACUCAAAAAGCCGGAUCGAGAACCCAAGGAGGAUUCGGUACCGGGGGAGAAGCAGUCAGACAAAAAGCAGCCGGGCUUGGACAGCGGAUCGCCUGGCCGGGGGGAUCCGCAGGACGGGGCCGACGGUGGAAAUGCAGGGGGAGGAGGGGAACCUGAGAUGAAGAACGGGAAUGGGAACCCGCCCAGGGCUAACAAUAAUAACCAGAAUGACUCUGUCGGACCGGAAGGGAAUAUUCACCCCGGUUUGGUGCAUCACCACGGCACCGCAUUUCCUCCACCUUCGUACGGAUACAGUCAGCACUACGGUCGGGCCCCUUUUCAUCAACAUGGCGGACAACAAAGCCCUGGCAUGGCAGCUGCUGCGGGUCCGGUCGUGCAGUCGAGCAACAUGAUGGACCCGUAUCAACCUAAUUCACACGAGCAUGGCUUUUCAAACCACCAGUUUAACAAUUACAACCCGUUCCCUAAUAGGACUCCUUAUCCCGGCCAAGCUUACACCAUGAACUCCCCUCGCAGCAACCAGGCGCCGACAGCUGGGGGGCAGCCAGCUAACGUGAAGCAGCAGCAGCAGCAGCAGCAGCCGCCAGCGGGAGGACCCACGGCGAUGGCUGGAUCUUACAAUAACCAGAGAUAUAACAUUGGAAACCCUCAGCCUACAUCCACGCCGACACUCAACAAGCUCUUAACCUCUCCUAGCUCAACGCGGGCUUAUCCAAACUACCCGUCCAGUGACUACAGCAGCCCAGAAGGAGCUAGUAAGGGACCCGCAGACAUGGGCAGCAGCGGGCUGUACGGAGGGAGCAACCCGGGCUGGCAACAAAGAACCCAUCUCCAGUCGAGCCCGGGAAGCACCGGGCAGCCAUUAGCUAGAAACCAGCCACCUAGUUCCAUGGAUCCAAUGGCAAAAAUGAGAGGGCAACCAUAUGUGGCAGGCAGUCCAUACGGCCAGCAGUCACAGCAAGGGCCUCCUACAGGUCCACAACAGGGGCCCGGUUACCCUGGUCAGGGUUAUGGCCCUCCAAGUCCACAGCGGUAUCCAGUAGGAAUGCAAGGACGUACACCUGGAAACAUGAGUGGCAUGCCGUACGGUCCACAGAUGGGAUCUUUUGGACAGCAGGGACCAGGAGGCUAUGGUCCCCAGGGCCAGGCAGCAUUUUAUGGGCAGCCUGGCCAGGCUCCUCAUCCGAGCCAGCAGCAAACCCCAUACAGCCAGCCCCCAUCAGGACAACCGGGUGGCCAGACACCUUACCCAGGGCAGCCCCAUCCUCCGCCAAAUUCUGCCCAACACCCCCAGGGAGGGCCACCCUAUCAGCAGCCCCACAUGCCCCUGCAGUCCCAGGGGCCACUGCCAGGCCAACCCCAAGGGCCCCCACAGUCUCAACCACCUUAUUCCCAAACCUCAGCCCCACAGUCUGCUCAGUCCCUCUACGCCCAGCAGCAGGGUCCUCCCAGCCAGGCCCAGCAGCCGCCAAGUUCCCAGGAUGCCCCUGGAUCGCAGGGCCAGUCCAACUACGCAGGAUCCACACAGGGGCCUCAGCAGCCCCCCUCGCAGCAACAGCAGGCUCAGUCGCAGCCUCCACAGCAGCCACCAGGACACAGCCAACACCCACAGGGCCAACCUGCAGCGUAUUCCCAGAACCCUCAGCAGCAGCAGCAGCAGCAAGCACAACAGUCACCCUACCAGCGCUUUCCUCCUCCCCAACAGCAAGAGGUAUCCCAGGACUCCUUCCAGUCCAACGCCCCUCCAUCCUCUCAGCCUAAAACUGGCCCAGAUGACAGCCAAGGCCGUCCCUCCAGCCUGCCGAGCUGCUCUUCCUCUACGUGUUUUCAGGACCUGUCGGGCUCCAUCGACGACCUGCCGACAGGUACAGAGGGAGCCCUUAGUCCAGGUGUGAGCACAUCAGGCGUGUCGAGCAGCCAGGGCGAGCAGAGUAAUCAGGCCCAGUCACCCUUCUCUCCCCACACGUCUCCCCACCUGCCAGGCAUCCGGGGACCUUCUCCCUCCCCGGCUGGCUCCCCCGCCGGCACAUGCACACCCCGCACAGGACCGCUUUCACCUGCCAACAUGCCAGGGACCCCGAUGCCUCCCAGGCCAUCAAGUGUGCAGUCAGAUGGGAGUUUACACCCUGCGAUGAGCCAGUCUCCUAUGGCCCAGGAGCGAGGGUUUAUGCAGAGAAACCCUCAGAUGCCCCCCUAUGGUUCCCCUCAGUCAGCCUCUGCACUGUCUCCUCGUCAGUCCUCAGGAGGACAGAUGCAUCCUGGGAUGGGCCCAUAUCAGCAGAACAACUCCAUGGGCGGUUAUGGACAACAGGGAGGACAAUAUGGCCCCCAAGGUUAUCCCCGGCAGCCUGGCUAUGGCAACAUGCCCAAUGCUAACUAUCCCGGGCCAGGAAUGGGUCCAAUGAACCCCAUGGCAGGACAGAGUGGGGGUCCACCAUAUGCUGGCGGCAUGCCCCCGGGAAGGAUGCCUCCUAAUCAAAUGGGGGCCCGCCCCUAUGGCCCUAACAUGGGUCCUAAUAUUGGCCCCAACAUGGGUCCAAACAUGCCUCCAAACAUGGGCGCCAUGCCACCCCAGGUAGGCUCAGGAAUGUGUCCUCCUCCUGGCAUGAAUAGGAAGCCCCAAGACCCUGCAGCCAUGCAGCACCCUGCCUCCAACUCCAUGCACAACAGGAUGCCGGGUUACCCCAACAUGUCUCCAGGCUUGAUGGGCUCCGGCCAACCCUAUGGCCCUCCCAUGAAUAACAUGCCUGGAAUGAUGAACACUCAAGGAGGAUCCCCUUAUCCAAUGGGGCACAACAUGGCCAAUAACUCAAGUGGUAUGGCCCCCAGCCCAGAGGUAAACAAUAAGAUGAACAACAAAGUAGAUGGAACUCCCACGCCAAAGCCUGAGGCAAAAUCUAAGAAGUCUAACUCUUCCACCACAACCAAUGAAAAGAUAACACGCCUCUAUGAGUUGGGACCAGAGCCGGACAGGAAGAUGUGGGUGGACCGCUAUUUGGCCUUCAUUGACGAGAAAGCCAUGCCGAUGACCAACCUGCCUGCUGUAGGGCGAAAACCCCUCGAUCUCUUCCGCCUGUAUAUGUCAGUAAAAGACAUUGGAGGCAUGGCUCAGGUGAGUAAGAAUAAGAAAUGGCGUGAUCUGGCCACUUCCCUAAAUGUGGGAACAUCUAGCAGUGCUGCCAGUUCUUUAAAGAAACAGUACAUCCAGUGUCUUUAUGCCUUUGAAUGCAAAAUUGAGCGUGGUGAGGACCCUCCGCCUGAGAUUUUUACUGACAACAAAAAGAACCAAGCUGCUAAGGUCCAGCCCCCCUCUCCAGCGUCCCUCUGCUCCACAGCGGGGUCGGGCUCUCUUCAGGGUCCUCAAACACCACAGUCCACCAGCAGCUCCAUGGCUGAAGGAGGAGACCUAAAACCUCCUACCCCAGCCUCCACCCCUCAUACCCAGAUGCCCCCAGUGCCGCCUGGCUCCAGGAGCAGUGUUAACCUGCAGGACCCCUUCUCUGAAGGCAAUGACCCUGCUUUCCCCAGGAAAAACAUGACGCCAAACUCCGCCUAUCAGCCGGGCAUGAACACACCAGACAUGCAAGGUCGAAUGGGUGCCUAUGAACCCAACAAGGACCCCUUUGGUAACAUGCGGAAAGUUGGGGAGCAGUUUCUUCCCACUAACCAGGGCCCUAACAGCGUGGUAGGUGACCAACAACCGCAGCAGCAACUGCCACAGCAGCAACAGCAGCCACCAUUCAACAGGGGACCGCCCGGGGCUAUGGGGACGAUGCCAAUUGGGCCCAGACAGCAGUAUCCCUAUGGACCAGGCUACGACAGGAGAUCAGAACAAGGAUUGGGUCCAGAGGGCAACAUGGGUUCUGGAGCUCCUCAGCCAAACCCUAUGAUGCCUGCCAACGCUGACACGGGGAUGUAUUCGCCAAAUCGCUUCCCACCACAGCAGCCACGUCAUGAUUCCUAUGGUAAUCAGUAUCCUGGACAGGGAACGCCCCCUACUGGCUCCUACCCAAAUCAGCAGCCUGGACUGUACCCACAACAACAGAGUUAUAAGCGUCCUGUGGAAGGCGGUUAUCCUCCAUCAAAACGUCACGAGUCAGAGUACAGCGGACCUUUCCAUGGUGGACAACAACCACCUCAGCAGCAACAACAGCAAGGAGGUGCCUCUGCUCCCUCUUCAGGACAGCAGGAGUCGUACAAUCAAUACAGCGGCAGCGGGCCUUUCCCCGGCUCAGAUCGCCGCCCGUCAGGCCCAGGCAAUCAGUUUCCCUUCCCCUUUGGUCGGGAUCGGAUGCCGCCAGCAGCAGGGCCCAAUGCUCAGCCCAACAUGCCCCCUCAGAUGAUGCAGUCAGGCCCCGAGGGUCCUCAGGGAGCUAUGUGGCAAGGACCGAGGGACAUGAACUAUCAGAACUACCCGAGCCGGCAGGGUGGCCCUGGGGGCCCGCCUCAGGGAACAGGUUACCCUGGUAUGAACCGCUCAGAGGAGAUGAUGCCAUCAGAGCAGCGCAUGAACCAUGACGGCCAGUGGGGGGGUCAGAUUGGAUCGCGGCAACCUUCUUAUGGUCCAUCAGGGCCUGGUCAGCCGAUGCCUCGCUCAGUACAGUCCAACUACCAGCCCCCUCAGGGCGUGCAGAACCACAUUCCACAGGUGUCCAGCCCAACCUCCAUGCCUCGCCCAAUGGAGAGCAGGACAUCACCCAGUAAAUCUCCCUACAUGCACGGAGUCAUGAAGAUGCAGAAGGCCGGUCCUCCAGUACCUGCAUCUCACAUAGUGCCCCCUCCGGUGCAGUCGCCUCUAAUAAGGCGAGACAUGCCUUUUCCCCCCGGCUCUACAGAAGCCAGCCAUCCUGUCCUGAAACCACGACGGAGACUCACCGUUAAAGAUAUCGGAACUCCGGAGGCCUGGAGAGUCAUGAUGUCAUUAAAGUCUGGUUUAUUGGCUGAGAGUACGUGGGCCUUAGAUACCAUCAAUAUUCUCCUGUAUGAUGACAACAGUAUUUCCACCUUUGAUCUCAACACGUUACCCGGCUUUCUAGAGUUGGUGGUUGAGUAUUUCAGACGCUGCCUCAUCGAAAUCUUUGGCAUUUUGCGUGAGUAUGAGGUGGGAGACCCUGGCCAGAGGACACUACUUGAUCCUGACGCCUUGAAACAAGAUUGGGAGAGCAUGGAAGAAGAGGAACCACAAUUAGAAGGCAUGGAACAAGAGGAAGAAGAUGAGAAUGAAGAGGAGGAGGAAGGAGAAAUGGAGAAGCCUGCUCAUGUGAAAGAAGAGGAGGAAGAGGAGGAGCUUCAGGGUCAGGAUGAGAAGACUGAAGAUGAGGAGAGGAAGAGCAAGGCUUCUUCAUCAGAACAGAGGGGCUCAUCUCAAUCCUCAGCUAAUCAUGAGAGACCUCAACAGUCCAGCAAGUAUGACAAAUUUCCCCUUAAGGUGGUACGAAAGAAAGACCCAUUUGUGGCUGGUCAGUCCAAGAACCAAGGCAAAGUGCAAGAGUUUGAUAGCGGGUUGCUUCACUGGAGUGCAGGAGGGGGAGACUCCACAGAGCACAUCCAGACUCACUUUGAACCAUGCAAAGACUUCUUGGAACCACGAGAACGAUUUCCUGUGCCUCAAGUUCUUCUGAGGCGACGACUCCCUGAAGAUGAGAUACAAAUUAAUUGUUUGCUAGCUGAAGAAGACAAAAGUAAGCCCCAGGAUGAAAUGGAAAGGCCAUCUCCCUCUGAGAAAACAGCAGAGUCAGAGAAGGCCGGCCCCUCGCUUAGCAGGGAGGAGGAGGAGGGGAAAGCUGAUUCUGAGACGGUUGAGAAAGACGCAAAAAGUCACCAGGAGAAUAACGGACCCAUUCUUUCUUCCGGCAGUAUUUUAAUGCAGACCAAGAAGCAGACUGGAACCAUCCUGGAAGACGAGCCUCACAGUAAAGACGAGGGGCCGCUCAUUGCGCUGGCUAACUGGCAGGAUUCUUUAGCCCGUCGCUGUAUUUGUGUCUCCAACAUUGUCCGCAGCCUCUCCUUUGUGCCAGGCAAUGACCACGAAAUGUCCAAACACCCAGGACUCUUGCUGCUCCUGGGACGCCUGAUCCUUCUCCACCACAGACACCCGCAGCGCAAACAGGCUCCACUGACCUAUGAGAAGGACGAGGAUUCAGACGAGGGAGUGGGCCAGAGGGAUGAGUGGUGGUGGGACUGUUUGGGGCUCCUGAGGGAGAACACGCUGGUCACUUUGGCGAACAUCUCAGGCCAAUUGGACCUCUCCAUCUACCCAGAAAGCAUCUGCCUUCCUUUGUUAGAUGGCCUUCUCCACUGGGCUGUCUGCCCAUCAGCAGAGGCCCAAGACCCCUUUCCCACCCUUGGCCCCCACAGUGCUUUGUCCCCUCAAAGACUGGUCCUGGAGACGCUAAGCAAGCUAAGCAUCCAAGACAAUAAUGUGGACCUCAUCCUGGCCACUCCACCGUUCAGUCGUUUGGAGAAGCUGUACGGGAACCUGGUGCGGCUGAUUGGCGAAAGGAAGGUGGCAGUCUGCAGGGAGAUGGCUGUGGUCUUACUGGCGAAUCUGGCCCAGGGUGAUACCAUGGCGGCCCGAGCUAUCGCUGUACAUAAAGGCAGUGUGGGUAAUUUGCUGGGUUUCCUGGAGGAUAGUCUGGCUGCCACACAGCUCCAGCAGAGCCAGAGCUCUCUGCUACACCUACAGGGGAUGCACUUCGAGCCCACAAGCCCGGACAUGAUGCGGCGAGCUGCCAAAGCAUUGCACGCAUUAGCCAAGGUGGAGGAGAACCACUCAGAGUUCACACUACACGAGUCCCGCCUCCUCGACCUUUCAGUGUCCCCCUUAAUGAACUCACUGGUUUCUCAUGUAAUCUGUGAUGUACUCUUUUUGAUCGGCCAGUCAUGACAGCUGUAGGGAGCAGUGGCUCCACUUUUUUGGAGGGGGGGGGGAGUGUAAGGGGGUUCUUUAUCCCUGAAUCCCCUUCCCUGAAAUCUUGGCUUGUGUGUGUAACAGGGCAAGAAAAGUUCAAGUGACUGUCUUUAAUUUAUGAAAAUCCUUCAGAUUCCAUUCUCUGAGCUCUCCCCUGGCUGUAUGUGCUGGAGGAGAGUAAUCACAGAGCUGUGGUGGAUUACAAACCAGAGAGAUGCCCAUAAAGUGACACUACUCGCAACAUGAAUGCCAACUGGACGACACGGAGCAGAGCACCACGGUCAGGACACUGUUCUGCACUUGGGGGAAAGUACUUUUUAAUAAAGAUGACUAAAUGAAUAAAUAAUAAAUAGCUGAAAAACAAAAACUGUAACCAAAGUUGCUGUCUCGUUUACAGUGAGUUUGGGAGACACAGUGUGCCCUAGCUCUCCCCUCAAGGGCACGAUGAGUCUGUAACUGGUUGACGUCAAGAGGUGAAGCAGACUGACAAAGUGGCCUACUGGUUCUAGUUGCUGUAGUUGGAAUCUCACCAGUCAGCCCGACAGUACAUAAAGUGCUGUCAAUAGACACCUUCACCAGGGAGGCCUGUGCAGUGUGCAGUAGAUUGUAGGACAUUUUCUGUACCGUACUGCUCUUGAGUGCAACCAUUCUGUAACACGUUUCACACAGAAGCAGAAGAUGAAGCUCUUCUGGAGUCUUGAGGUCAUUUUAGUUUGGUGUUAAAAAGAAAAUGGCUUUCUUCCCCAAAGUAUCAAGAACCUACAACACCCUUACCUCCUUAUCCCUUGAUUGUAUGAAUACCCUUAUGAAAAGAAAUCACCUCUUAGGACUGGUUUUCAACUGCAAAUACAGCUUUGCUGUGGUGUAUAUAUAAUGUUGUACAUUACACUUCCUUUUCUGUGUCUGUCUCUGUCUGUGUCACUUUUCUCACACUUAUAUCAGUGAGGGAUUGAGGCUGACAUGUGAGUUUGGUCUGUGACCUCAAGUCCCCGCUGAUUAGACCCACUCUUCUGGUCUCUCCACAGCUCUGUAGUGUCCCAGACACGGCUCAAACCUGUUAUCUCCCGGUACAACAAAAAUAAACUAGAUGAAGUACACAUUUGACAAUUUUUCUUCAGUCAUGGAUUCUGCAUAUUUGUAUUUCAGACUAUGUAGCUAAGACAACAUGUAAAUUCCUCCCUUUCCCUUUUUUGGCUCAAUGAAUAUCAUUUAUUCAGUAUGAAAUCUUUAUACUAUAUGUUCCACGUGGUAAGAAUAAAUGUACAUUAAAUCUU